CAGUGCGCAGGCGCGUCCCCGGGGUGGCGGCAGUGCGCAGGCGCGGGCCGGUAAUGGCGGCGGAGGAGGCGGCGGUGCGGGCGCAGGCGGAGGCGGUGCGGCGGCUCAAGCAGGAUAAGGCCGAUCCCGACGAGAUUGCAAAGGAGGUGGUGAAACUGCUGGAGAUGAAGGCGCAGCUGGGGGGAGAUGAGGGGAAACACAAGUUUGUGCUCAAGACCCCGAAGGGCACACGGGACUACAGCCCCAAGCAAAUGGCCAUUCGUGAGAGAGUCUUCAAUGCGAUCAUCACCUGCUUUAAGCGCCACGGAGCAGAAGUCAUUGAUACUCCAGUGUUUGAGCUGAAGGAGACGCUGACAGGGAAAUACGGUGAAGACUCCAAGCUUAUCUACGAUCUGAAAGAUCAAGGAGGAGAGCUGCUGUCCCUGCGCUAUGACCUGACAGUGCCCUUCGCUCGCUAUUUGGCGAUGAACAAGAUCACCAACAUUAAGCGCUACCACAUUGCUAAGGUCUACAGGCGGGACAACCCAGCCAUGACCAGGGGCCGCUACAGGGAGUUCUACCAGUGUGUGCCCCAGCUAUCUGGCCUGCUUUGCACUGUGGAGGAGGGCAGCUUCUUGCUCCAUCCCACAGUGCUUGCUAGCCUGGUGGAGGGGAAGAACUUCCUUCUGAUCCCAAAUCUGGCAACAGUUGAACUCCUGGGUGUGUUAGCAGGACACAUGAACCAGGAUUUUGACAUCGCCGGCCAGUUUGACCCGAUGAUUCCCGAUGCUGAGUGCCUGAAGAUCGUGCAUGAGAUCCUGAGUGACCUGCAGCUUGGGGACUUUCUCAUUAAGGUCAACGAUCGGCGCAUCCUUGAUGGGAUGUUCGCAGUUUGCGGUGUCCCAGACAGCAAGUUCCGAACGAUCUGCUCCAGUGUUGACAAACUGGAUAAGAUGCCAUGGGAAGAAGUGAGGAGCGAGAUGGUAGGAGAGAAGGGGCUCUCUCCCGAGGCUGCGGAUCACAUCGGGGAAUAUGUCCAGCUUCACGGUGGCCUGGACCUGAUCGAACAGCUUCUCCAGGACCCAAAGCUGUCCCAGAACAAGCUGGCCAAGGAGGGGCUGGGGGACAUGAAGCUGCUGUUUGAGUACCUGACCCUGUUUGGCAUCACGGGGAAGAUCUCUUUCGACCUGAGCCUGGCACGGGGUCUGGACUAUUACACGGGGGUGAUCUUUGAGGCUGUCCUGCUGCAGCCGGAGAAUGACCAUGUGGAGGAGCCAGUCAGUGUUGGGAGCGUGGCUGGAGGCGGUCGCUAUGACGGGCUGGUGGGGAUGUUUGAUCCCAAGGGACGGAAGGUGCCUUGUGUGGGGGUCAGCAUUGGGAUUGAGCGGAUCUUCUCCAUCCUAGAGCAGAGAGUGGAGGCCUCUGAGGAAAAGAUCAGGACAACAGAGACGCAGGUGCUGGUAGCCUCUGCCCAAAAGAAGCUCCUUGAAGAGCGGCUGAAGCUCAUCUCUGAGCUGUGGAAUGCUGGAAUCAAGGCAGAAGUGCUGUACAAGAAGAACCCCAAGCUGCUGAAUCAGCUGCAGUACUGCGAGGACACGGGCAUCCCUCUUGUUGCCAUUGUGGGUGAGCAGGAGCUCAAGGAUGGAGUCGUCAAGCUGCGAGUCGUGGCCACCAGGGAGGAGACGUGGACCAACAGUAUCAACCAGACCAAUAAGGUGGCCCUGCUUGCCUGGGCAAAAGAAACCGGCAUUGACCUGGUGCAGAUCAACGGGCAGAGGCGAUAUGGUGGCCCCCCCCCAGGCUGGGUGGGCGACCCCCCGCCGGCUGGCACAGAGGUGUUCAUCGGGAAGCUGCCGCAGGAUAUGUACGAGAACACAUUGAUCCCGCUCUUCCAGAGAGUGGGAAAGCUCUACGAGUUUCGCCUCAUGAUGACAUUCAGCGGGCUCAACCGGGGCUUUGCCUACGCCAAGUACAGCAACCGGCACGGCGCCAAGGAGGCCAUCGCUGCCUUCAACAACUUUGAGGUGCGGGAGGGCUACGCCAUCGUGGUGUGCAAGAGCACGGAGAAGUGUGAGCUGAGCGUGGAUGGCUUGGCCACCUCGGUGAGCCGGCAAGAGCUGGAGGCCGUGCUGCGGCGAGUCACGGAGGGGGUCCUCAGUGUCACCCUGUACACCAGCCCCUGCUGGAAGCGGGCCCAGCUCGCUGUGCUGAAAUACACGUCGCACCAGGCUGCUGCCAUGGCCAAGAAAACCCUGAUGGAAGGGAACGUGAGGCUCGGUGGGCUGGAGAUGAGGGUGGACUGGCUGAACCCCGAUAUGAAGCAGAAACUGCAGUCGUGUGAGAAGAAGCCAUCAUCCAGCCGGGUACAAGGGAGCAAGUGCCUGGGGGUCCCCAAGCAGGUGCCCCAGUCUCCAGUGCUGCACAACGUGCUGGACUGCCUGAACACCCUGUGCCAGAAGCAGUACCUGGGAACCCCCCUGUUCCUCACCAAGUGUGUCCAGGCAGACGCCAACGGGUGGCUGUGGUUCUGGUGCUGGGUCGUAAUCCCAGGGUGCCCUGUGCCCUUCAGUGGGUUCGCAUGGGUCCGGCAGGAUGGGACAGGCAGGAGCGGGCAUGAGGAGGCGAAGAUUGCACUGGCGCUGCAGGUUCUCCGGAUGCUAGGUGAGUCCUCGCACAGUGUCGGUGCCAACCCCCUGCCUUUCCCAAAGUCUUGGAGCAUUUCCUGGGAGUGUGGAGCUGUAGUGUUUCUGGUGCAUGGGGGGACCCAGCCUGGCAGGCAGGGCUGAAACACUGUCACUGCCAGCCCCGCCAGAUGUGACCCCGGUGGCUCUGAGCUCUGGGUGGGAUUCCUGGUUGGAAGCAGAGGACACAAGGGGAGGCCUUUUUGGGGUGCUGCUCCCCGCAGCACUGCACAGAGCCUCACGCUUUCCUCCCCACUGCAGGAUGCCAGCUGACGUAGGCAGCCGUUCUGCCCAAACCAUGAGUUGAAGCUGAGCCGCCAGCCUCGGUGCCGCUGGCCGCAGGAGCGGCGUGCGAGCCUUGCUGGGGACCUGUUCCUGUUCGAGUUUGUUUGGGUUUGUUUUGAGAGCUGGCUGUGGAGGAUAGGGCUGCUGGCCUGGUCCAUGACAGCUGCCCUGUCCCCGGCCGGCCCUUGGGGACGAUUCUGGUUUUUUGGGAUGUAGGUUUACAUGCCCAGUUUGGAUUUUAAGUUGGUUUGUGUUGCUCUGCUGCAGUGGAGGGGUCCGGUGCAGGUUUUGGGAGAAGCAGCAGCUGCGUGGAGAGACUGCCAGUGUCGGCUGGGGAGGCGGAGGGGACAUUGGGGGCUGCCUGGGCUCACUGGGGGACCGUCUCUCCUCCGCUGGCAUGCCUGGUUCCUGAAGAACAGCCUCAGGUGAGGACAAGGCCACACAUGGUGACUGUCCUGGUGAACGGGGGAUGUUCCAUGGGCAGGUGGAGCUGCUUUUUAAUGAGGGAAGUGUCUGCAGGUUCUGGGAGGUGCAGGGCUGUUCGUGUUGCGGGGAAGCAGCCGUGGGGUUACCGGCUGUCUAUGAAUGAUUCCUUGGGACCAGGAGGUCUGGCCACAGUGUUGUUCAAAUGGUAUUAAAGUAGCCUGGAAGGCA